AUGGACGCCUUGUGUCCGGAAAUCGAACGGUUGGUGGCGUGCUACACGUGUGGCGGGCAGUCGUUGCCACCGUACCAGUUGUGCGUGGAGGCUCACGUGGCCUGUCCCGCGUGCACCAAGUACCAGUCGCGGUGCGCGUGUGGUUGCCGAUUCCUCAAAAGGUCGAACACGACGUUGGACUGGCUGGUGUCCGCGAUGAAGUUGAGGUGUAAGUACCGCGCGAAUGGCAUGAUGGACAGCGGGUCACCCGUCCCCGGACAAGUGGACUGCGCGAAUGAGUGGUACACAGUCGAGGAACUCCGUGACCACUACCGGACGGGUUGCAUGAGGAACUUGUUCACGUGCCCGAUGAAGAACUGCGGGUACGUGGCCCGCGUGGACACCAUAACCAACCACUACGAUACGGAUCACGGCCCGCUCCCGCGGAUCAGCCCUGACCUCAACUGCGCCACGUUCCAGUUACCGGCCAAGAGGCAGGCGGAAACCAUAAAAAAGAUUUUCAACGGAUACUUUAUGUUCAGCGUGAAGCCUCAACGUCGCUGGCACAAGGACAUCAACUCGCUACUGUCCAUGCAAAACAUCAAUCCUUCAGAUCGUUUUCAUUACACGUACACCGCAACUCAAGAGUCGCACCAGAAAAUGCUUACGGUCACCGUGUCGUUGGUGGAGACGUACAGCUCCCCAACGUAUAAUAUUUUGUAG